AUGGCCUCUCAACCGGAACAGAUGUCAUGGAAAGAGGCCUUUGACCAGAUGCAGGGGAUGAAGACGCUUGUCCCGGUCAUUGUCGGUGUGAUCGCCACAUUGCUCCUCCCCUUCGUCAUCAAACUGGCAUAUGGCACCUUCGGCAUGAUCAGCUGGGCUGUGAUGAAGCUGGGUACCGGGCUUUCGGGCUGUGUCGAUGCCCUUGCCUCGUGGUACAAGCGUGGCCGGGAUGCCCAGCGCGCCAGGUCCCGUGAUGCUCCGACAGCACCGCAGGACGAGACGCAACCUGGACGAAUCCUCCGGGACUACCUCAUUCCGCUCCAUGAUCUGACCUUGUCCAUGGCUGACAAGUACAUGGACCCCAUCCUGGACAAGACUGAGAAUGUGAAGACCCUCCUCACAAAUCUCCUCCACACCUUCCAGGACGCGGACUUCAAAGCCUCGCUCUCGGCCAUGACCACCCAGCUCGAGGGCUUCAAAAACCACCUCCUGUCUGAGAUCAAGCAGCAGUUCCAGGAUGCGGAGCUCAAGACCAAAUUCUCGGCAUUGACCGAGAGUGUGAAGAACAAAAUCCUGGCUGACAUCAAGCAAGGCCUCCAGGAGGUGACGAAGCAAAUCGCUGGCCAGCAGGACCUUACCGCUAAGUUCGAAGCUGUCAAGGCUCAGAUUGAGGAGGUGCGCAUCAAACUAGUGGCGGCAAUGCAGCUGGCUGCCCAGGAAAUCAAACAACUUGUUCAGCCUCUUCAAUCUGCCUCGACAGGGAGUGCGUCAAGCCCCUCGAUCAAGGAGUGCCAGGACGAGAUCGCCAAACUGAGCCAGGCACUACAUUCUAUGCAGGACCAACACCUCCAGCUCCAGGCGGACAUCAAGCUCUUGAACAGCCGAGUGUCCCAAGGUGUAGACAAAAUCAGUUCGGAGGCGGCAUCGUCGUACGGCACCCUCAACUCGCAGGUCAAGGGCAACCACUCCUACAUGAAGGGCAUGAAGGAGUCCCUAGACAGCAUCCUCCAUCGAACAGAUGCCCAAGAACCGCGGGGGUGGCAGGUCAAGCAUGUGGAGGACAUGAACAAGUUUGGAUUCCUCCUCGCGGAAAUCAAAGACGUCAUGGGAGACCUAACCGAAAGGGUGGAUGGCCUGGAGACCAGCCUGGUGAACCUGACGGGCAAGUUGGGCCGGCAGGAAAGCCAAACGCUAGCCCGUGAGCAGAAGUGGGACUCCAUCCACGACGUUCUCAAGGAGAUGCUCGGUCGACUGGGUAGGCAGGAAAGUCAGACCUCAGCCAAUGAGCAGAAAUGGGACGCCAUUUUCGAUGUUCUCAAAGAGAUGCUCGACCGCAUGGCAGUUCGCCAGGUGAGAACACCGGGUCAGUACCCCUCCCCGACGCCUGACCCCCGCAUUGCCGAUAUGAUGACGUCAGCACCUACACCGGGAGGCCUGCCAGGCAUCCGGCCAAUACGGUUGGCCCCGCUGGUCAACCAGCCGUACCCGCCGAUCCAGCAAGGCCCAGUGGCCCCACAAGGGCCCAUGACUCCAGCCCAGAGGGCUGAGGCCCUCCGAGCGGCCCUUGAUUUUUUACGCCGGCACCCGGACAGUAACUGCUGGCUCAGCCUGUGGACCCUCCAAAGUUCCAAAGAGGCACAGAGGCGUGGGGCUCGUAAGUGGCCGCUACACGCCUACCUCGCUGGACUAGGUCUCUGA